AUGACUACACCUCAGAAUCUGCUCAAAAGGCGCCCCGGAACAACUAGGGAAGAGUUCUCCAAGUACUGGGAGACGAAACAUGCACUGAUAGUCCUUCCGUGGGCACUAAAAUACGGCAUCACCUACUACGCUCAGAUACACGACAUGAGCCUGCAAUCUCCCAUUGACGACAUGUCCCUCAAUUUACAAGAGUGGGAUGGAGCUUCCGAGAUGAUAUCUACGGCAUCGGAAGAGGAUAAGGCCGCCUGGAGGGCAAAUGAUCCGUGUUAUUUAGGGUACUAUCAGCAUGUGAUCGUGCCAGACGAGGAAAGGUUUUUGAUCGACAAGGCCGCAUCGCAUGUGAAGACCAUCAAGCCGGGAACUGUGACAGGUAGAAAGGUGGUCAUUAUUGAAGAUGGCAAAGCACUAGUUGAUGCUGGGGAGGAGAUUAUGACCCUUUGGAAUCAGUGGAUGGAUGGUGAUUCGCGCUGA